UUCGGCCAUCGGCGCUCCGCGAGCGGCUCUGCGGCCUGCGCUGCGUGCGGGCGGGCGGGACGCGCCGGGCGCCAUCGAGCGGGGAGCGGAGCGGUGCCGCCGAGAAUGGACAUCAGGCCGAACCACACCAUCUACAUCAACAACAUCAAUGACAAGAUCAAGAAGGAAGAGCUGAAGAGGUCCCUGUACGCGUUGUUCUCACAGUUUGGUCAUGUGGUCGACAUUGUGGCUUUAAAGACCAUGAAGAUGAGAGGACAGGCAUUUGUUAUAUUUAAAGAACUUGGAUCAUCCACCAAUGCCUUGAGACAGCUACAAGGCUUUCCAUUUUAUGGGAAACCAAUGCGUAUUCAGUAUGCAAAAACAGACUCUGAUAUCAUCUCUAAAAUGCGUGGGACUUUUGCUGAUAAGGAAAAGAGAAAGGAAAAGAAGAAAGCCAAAACUCUGGAACAGUCAGCAAAUGCAGCAAAUAAAAAGGUUAUCCAGGGAGCAACACAGAAUUCAGCCAGUGCCCCAGGGACUACACCACAGAAUCAGGUGCCUGAUAACCCACCAAACUAUAUCCUUUUCCUUAAUAAUUUGCCUGAGGAAACAAAUGAGAUGAUGCUGUCCAUGUUAUUUAAUCAGUUUCCUGGAUUCAAAGAAGUACGCUUAGUGCCGGGGCGCCAUGACAUCGCAUUCGUGGAGUUUGAAAACGAGAACCAAGCAGGGGCUGCUCGAGACGCUCUCCAGGGAUUCAAGAUCACUCCAUCUCAUGCCAUGAAAAUCACCUAUGCAAAGAAAUAACUAUAUGCUCCUGUAAAGGAGUUCUGUGGAGAGUUUUGUUUGUUUUUUUUAAAAAAACAUUGCUACUCUGGUCAGUCAGCAUGCUUGCUAUUCUCUGCAGAAAAAAAAGACUCAAAUAGAAUUGCCACAAUGACCAGGGGACAUGUAAAAUUUCCACACAUCACCCAGAUAACGAUUUUUUCUGUUGAAAUACUAAUUUUUAUAAAAUAAAAUAUAAUUAUGCUGUUUUCGA